AUGGGUGCUGGAGGCCCCGUCUUGCGCGAGCACGAAGCCACUGCAUCGUUGCCACAUCCCUGUCCCAUUCCUUCCACAGCCAUUACGAUCACGGAGCAGCCGGUCUCCGUCUCGGUCCCCGUGGGUCACUCCUUCGUCCUGCGAUGCAGAGCCCAGGGGUGCACGUCACUGCAGUACCAGUGGUUUUGUCAGCACCAGUCUGAAUGCCGCCAGAUUCCUGGUGCCACCAAGCAAGACUUGCCUGUGACUGCGCAGCAGACCCAGCUCUACACCUGCAGGAUCAAUGACCUCUACAAAAACGUGGUCUUCUCUGACUGGGUGAAGGUGGAGGUUCAUCAGUGUGUCGGCAGAGGACUCCCCUCUCAGCUCUGGCGAGGAGAACCAGUCAUCGUCCUCAACCCCACGGAGCAGAGGGUGGAGGUGGGGAAGCCGUUACAGCUGCAGUGUGCUGCCAUGGGGGUCCCAGCCCCCAGCUACCAGUGGUACCAGAAUGGAAACCUGCUGGAACACCAGAAGAGAAAAAAACUCUGGAUCACCCAUGCAAAGGUCAGUGACUCCGGCACAUACCUCUGCUGUGCCUCCAAUAGCCAAGGAGAGCACUGGACCAACGCCGUGGAUGUUUACGUAGGUACAUGUUGCUCUGGAAAGUUUUUUGCUACAGGCAAGAUAGCGCUUUUAGUGGGCAACAACCACUACCAGCAUCACCCCAACCUCAUGGCUCCCAUCAAGGAUGUGUUUGAGCUGAGUCGACUUCUGGAGCAGCUGGGUUUCCAGGUUGUCUCCCUUCUGGAUCUGAACAAGGCCGAGAUGGUGACAGCGGUCAGUCGGUUCCUGCAGCUUCUCAGGAAGGGAGUCUAUGCUAUAUUCUACUACGCUGGGCAUGGUUACGAACAUUUGGGGAGGAACUACAUGGUUCCUGUGGAUGCUCCGCAACCCUACGCUCCAGAGAACUGCGUCAGUGUCCAGAGGAUCCUCCAGAAGAUGCAGCAGCAGCAGACGGCCCUGAACCUCAUCCUGCUGGACACCUGCAGGAAAUGGUACAACCCGGACUGUGCUCUCUCCCAAGUGCAGCCACUGGAGCCCUGGGGCAACACUGUUUAUGGCUACGCCACGAGCGAAGAUGCAGAAGCCUAUGAGUUGCAGGAUGGGGAGUUCAGUUCUGGGAUCUUCAUGAAAUACCUCAAGAAACAUAUUCUGCAAGAGAAGAAGGUUACACACAUGCUGGAUGACGUGUUAGAAGACAUUGGCCGGGAUCCCUUGGUCACUGGGAAGCAGGUGAUGGAGAUCAAACACACUUUGAAGGAAGCCCGGUCCCUGACAGACCCAAUCUGUCCCUCGGGAGCAGCCGCCGAGUGCUGGGGACGUGGCCACGAGCCACUGAGCAGAAUGGUGACCUUCCCCUGCGGGGCACGAGUGGAGCUCCGCUUCCACCGGCUCUUCUCCAACGCCAUGUAUGUGUGCGCCAAGCUGCAGCCCCUGCCGGCCCACGUCGCCGACGCCCACCUCCUGCUCUGCCGACCCACCGAGAUGGAUGAUGCACCCACUCUGAAAGAGAGCCACCUGGACCACGUGGAGUCUCUGUUUGCCUCUGCUUGCAAGCGAGAGGAGACGGACUGUGCCUUCCAGCUCUGUGGGCUACAGAAAAUCCAGACGGACGUGGUCCUGCGGUUGGAUCUGCAUUACACCCAGCUGAGCACAAAGCAGAGGACUUGCGAAAGCCUACAGACCACCCUCCAGAAAUCUCUGCUCGGGCAGUUUUUCAGCCAGAGGAACUCCUGCCAGCCAAACUACCAGAGAACUCCUGCCUGCGCAGGCAGCAUGCGCCUCCAGGAUGCGUCAGCACCAAGCGCAAAGGAGCAAAUGUCUCUGAGGACGACGGGAUCUGGCCACAGCUUGCCCAGCAGCAACCCCUCCAACUCCAGCAGCGAACCGGAGGAGAACGACGAGAGUGACCUGACCGAGCUCUGCUCGGCGCUGCUCCAGGCUGGCCUGGGGCGGGACUACCCCUGA